GAGGGCGAAAGGAGAGCGCUUGACAUGGCAAGCCAAUACUGAACAACUUCCAUCCAGCUGGGUGGGUAUUUUGGGUGGUGCAAGCGGCAUAGUUUAAGCGUGCUGGCGAACUGUCCGACGUCUGUCCGUCGGACUUGAAAGACCCUGACGGACAGUACGGCAUCAUCAUCAUUCGUGGAGCUUGUGGAAGAAAAGUGAAUUGGUGGUGCUCAAGCCUCUUUUUUCUUGGAUGUCCUCUUCAGUGCCUCAGAGGAGGGAACGAAUGAGAGACCACCGACUGAAAGAAGCCAGUAGAGGCUUGAUCAAGUGAAAAGCAGGCGACAGACAACGACGACGACGACGACGUCGACGACGAGUGCCCAAAAACCUCGACAAUCCUCAGUGCCAGAGAGGGAUGAUUCACUAAGGCUCACCCCAGGAUCACAACAAUCCGACUGAACCUCGAAUUCGAGGCCGUUUGUGACCCGCACAGUGAAGUGAAGUGUUUCUUGUUUCCAGAGCUUGCAUUCAACUACAUUAUCUCUACCUUUAUCUCGGUCUUUGAUGUUGCUUUAAGCACGUGGAAAAGCAGCGUUACUUUGAUUCGAGUGAAUAUAGAAUCGUAUCUGUAUUGGUCAUGAGAACCCUAGCCGUUCUCUGGACCCCAUUCGCCAUGGGGAUCCUACUCCUCUUUGCCCACCUACUCCAAGUGUCUGCUCAAUCUGACACCUCUGGACCUGUGUUCAUUCAAGAACCUCCCAACCAAAUGGAUUUUUCCAACACAACCGGAACCGAAAUUAUUUGCCAAUCUCGUGGAACGCCCAUGCCCCAGAUUACCUGGGUGAAGACCGAUGGAUCCAUUGUUCAAGAUGUCCCAGGAUUGAGAAAGGUGUUGUCGAACGGCAAUUUGGUGCUUCCUCCAUUUCGAGCCGAGGAUUACAAUCAAGAGGUUCACGCUCAAACGUAUCGAUGCAUCGCAGAAAACUCUUUGGGAAAGAUUCAAUCUCGCGACGUUCAAGUUAGAGCAGUCGUCACACAAUCGUACGAGAUCUACAUUUCGCCCGUUCAUGUUAUCAAAGGCAAUGACAUCCUUGUCAAAUGUGAUAUCCCCAGUUUUGCGGCGGAUUUCGUCCAAGUCGUGGCUUGGACUGACAAUGAGGGACAUCACUUUGUCCCCAGAGAUCUUAGCUCGAGCUCGGCCCAAUCGGUCCAGGAUGGUAAAUACGUGGUUUUGCCCUCGGGUGAACUCCAAAUCCGCAAUGUCACAGCCGAUGAUGGUUUCAAGACCUACAAAUGUCGCACCAAACAUCGCUUGACUGGAGAGACAAAGUUGAGCGCCACUGCCGGAAAACUCGUCAUCACUGAGCCCAUUGGCGGGGCCUCCCCGAAGUUUUCCUCCAGCUCAAAAUCACUGGGUUCCUUCGAAAAAGCCUUAGGAGAACGGAUCUCUUUACUCUGUCCUGCUCAAGCCAAGCCUUUGCCCGCCUUCAGAUGGUACAAGUUCAUGAAGAGCAAUAACAACAAGAAAUUGGUCGAUUUGGAUGAUCGCGUUAAACAAGUUGGUGGCACACUUAUCAUUAAGGAAGCCACAGUGGACGACUCCGGAAAAUACCUCUGCAUGGUGAACAACUCAGUGGGCGGAGAAAGUGUUGAGACCGUGUUGACUGUCACAGCUCCUCUAUCCGUUGAGGUGGAACCCAAACAACAGAUUGUCGAUUACGGCCGCCCGGCCACGUUCAAGUGCAACUACAAAGGAAACCCUGUCAAAUCCAUUUACUGGCUGAAGAAUGGCGAACCCAUCGACCACACCGAAACCACGCUCAGGAUUGCCUCUGUUAAAAAAGAGGACCGGGGGAUGUACCAAUGCUUUGUGAGAAACGAUCAGGAAAGUGCUCAAGCCACGGGCGAACUCAAACUGGGUGGUCGCUUUGACCCUCCGGAGUUUGUGUACGCCUUUGAUUCCAUCACCACUCAACCGGGUCCAAUGGUGUCCCUCAAGUGUGUGGCUAAAGGUGACCCGGCACCGGAAGUGAAGUGGUAUUCUUACAACAACGAGGUGGAAAGUGAUGGUGUGCUCCUGACCGGCUCAUUCCAGGCGGAUAACGGAGAUGUAGUGUCCUAUUUGAACAUCUCGCAAGUGCGCACCAAGUAUGGUGGCAGUUAUGAGUGUCAGGCGUCCUCGAAGGUGGGAUCUGUCAGCCAUUCGGCCAAACUGAAUGUAAACGGCGCUCCUUAUGUGCGGAAGAUGCGUCCAAUGAAAGUGGUGGCCGGCAAGAGCAUGUUUGUGACCUGUCCAGUCGCCGGGCAUCCCAUUUCGAGUGUGUCUUGGGAAAAGGAUGGUCGGCAACUGCCCUUCAACGACCGGCAGACCGUGUUUCCAAACGGCACUUUGGCGAUUGCCAAUGUCCAAAGGAAAGAAGAUGCGUCCACCUACACUUGCGUGGCAAGAAAUGAUGAAGGAUAUUCGGCCCGAUCUGACCUCACCGUCACUGUCAUGGAACCCCCGGUCAUUCUCCCUCUGACGUUUGGAAAAGAAAUCAUGAACGAAGAUCAAUUUGCUCAAGUGGUGUGCAUUGUCACCGAAGGCGAUGAGCCUUUGACAAUUAGUUGGUCUUUGCAAGGCGAGGCUGUGUCAUCCGAGCCUGGCCUGUCCACCACCUCUUUGGGUACGAGAACGAGCAUGCUCACCAUUCAAUCUGUGGGAUAUCGACACAGUGGUACCUACACUUGCACUGCUGCCAACAAAGCUGGUUCCACUGCCAAUUCAGCCCUCCUUAAAGUCAACGUUAGUCCACGUUGGACAGUUGAGCCCACUGAUAAGCAGUUUGCACAAGGUAGCGAUGCCAAGAUUGAUUGCAAGGCGGAUGGUUUUCCCAAGCCUGAGAUCACAUGGAAGAAGGCUGUGGUGACCAACCCUCAAAUGAGACCCACCCCCAACGAUUACAACGACUUUGAUGCUAGUCAAGACCGUAACAUCAAGAUCAUUGAGGGAGCCCUUAUCAUCAAGAAUAUUAAGAAGGCCAAUGAAGGGUUCUACCUGUGCAAAGCAUCCAAUGGAAUUGGAGGUAUUUCUGCGGUGGCCAAAAUUGCUGUGCAAGCUCCACCAUCGUUUGAAAUUAAGAAGAGGACUCAAACCGCUCUGAUCUCUGAAAACACCGUUCUGCAAUGUGAAGCGAAAGGCGAAAAACCAAUCGGAGUGUUAUGGAACAUGAAUAACAAACGCCUCGACACCAAUGUGGAUCCACGAUACACGAUUCGCGAAGAGUCCCAGGAAGACGGUAUGCUCUCGACCAUUAGCAUCAAACGCACCCAAAGAGAAGACUCCGCUUUGUUUACUUGUGUUGCGACCAACGCUUUUGGCAGUGACGAUACCUCCAUCAACUUGAUCAUUCAAGAAAAGCCCGAGACUCCUUAUGGUUUGAAAGUUUUGGACAAGACCGGACGAACCGUCAAACUCUCCUGGCAGGCACCGUACAAUGGAAACUCCAACCUCACCCGAUACAUAAUCGAGUUUAAACCCAUCAAAGGAACCUGGGCCAACGAUAUCGAUCAUGUUCUCGUUCCCGGGGAUCAAACCAUGGCCGGUGUAUUCAGCCUCCGACCCGCUACUAGUUAUCACUUCCGGAUUGUGGCUCAAAACGAAAUCGGAGUCUCCGGACCCUCUGAUACGGUUACGAUUGAAACGGCUCAGGAAGCACCAAGUGGUUCCCCGGUUGACAUUCGCUUGGCUGCUGUUGAUCAGCACACUUUGCGCGUCUCUUGGAAGCCUCCCCUAAGUGAGCAUUGGAAUGGUGACAUCUUGGGUUACUAUGUGGGCUAUAAGAAGACCAGCUACGGCGAAGAUAAGCCUUACCUAUUUGAGACAGUAGAGUUCAUCAAGGAACAGGGCCAUGAGCACCAACUCCAAAUCUCGAAUUUGGAGGUGUUUACGGAAUAUGCUGUGGUGGUGCAGGCCUUCAAUAAGAUGGGCCAGGGUCCAAUGUCUGAAGAGGUUCUUGUUCACACGGCCGAAGGAGCACCCACCCAACCCCCAGAGGGCGUCAUCUUGACCACACUGAGCUCACAAUCCAUUAAGGUCACUUGGUCGGCGCCUCCCCGAGCUUCAACCAAUGGAGUCAUUAAAGGCUACAAGGUGAUCUAUGGACCCAGUAAGACGUGGUACGAUCCUGCCACGCGAAACACCAAGAUCUCGUCCGAUGCUAAAACGGAACUCACCGGGUUGAAGAAGUUCACAAAUUACACGGUUCAAGUUCUGGCAUUCACCAAUGGAGGUGAUGGCGUGAAAAGCGAUGUUCUGACCUCUACCACAGAACAGGACAUCCCUGGCCCUCCAUCUUCGGUAAAGGCUCUUGCUAUGUCUGAUGAAGCCAUUCUUGUGAGUUGGCAGGAACCUGAAGAACCCAAUGGAAAGGUUAUUCAAUACACCGUUUACAUCAAGGAGCUCGAUCGAAGCCGAGACAUGGCCCCCAAAAGCCACAAAGUAAACGCCUUACAAAUGAGCCACCAAGUGGAUAGUUUGAAUAGGAAAGCCCGUUAUGAAUUCUGGGUCACGGCACACACGACCAUUGGAGAGGGUUCACAAUCAUCCCAGGUGACCUUAUCCCCAACCAAUCGGAUCCCGGCCAAGAUUGCCAGUUUUGACGACGCCUUUGUGGCCGUGGCCAAGCAAGACCUGAAAUUGCCCUGCAUUGCUGUCGGAAGCCCAAGUCCCGAACUGCAUUGGAAGAUGCGUGGACAACCCAUUCCCGAGAAUGACCGCAUUCGACAACUCCCCGAUGGAUCACUUCAAAUUACCCGUGUCAUAAAGGAAGACUCCGGAAAGUACACUUGCAUGGUGAACAACAAAUAUGGCCAGGAUAUGGUGACCCAUGAGCUCAUUGUAAACGGUCCACCUGAUCCACCAGAGGUCACCAUCACCUCACAAACCACCGAUACCAUCACUGUCAAACUUCGCUCUGCAAAUCCCAAGGACAUGACCCCCGUCCAUGGCUACACUUUACAUUACAAACCCGAAUUUGGAGACUGGAACAGUGCUCAAAUACCCUUUGGAUCCGAUGAGUUCACUCUAAACUCCCUGAAUUGCGGACAACUAUAUCAUCUGUAUAUCACUGCCUACAACUCGAUCGGUGUGGGACCAAGAUCUGCCCAAUUAACUGCCAAUACGAAAGGUGUGAAACCCACUAUCCCAGAGGCCCAUCAAUUCUUAGAGGUUUCGGCGGGCAGUGUCACGUUGCAUUUGAAUGCUUGGUUGGAUGGAGGCUGUCCCAUAAUCAAUUUUGUGGUGGAAUACAAGCCCAAAAAUCAGAUGGAUUGGACAUUGGUCUCAAACAACGUGAAAGCGGGUGGCAACUUUGUGGUCCUGGAUUUAAAUCCAGCCACUUGGUACAAUUUGAGAGUGACUGCUAAGAACAAUGCAGGCUAUUCAGUGGCCGAAUAUGAAAUUGCCACUUUGACCGUAACCGGAGGUACGAUAGCGCCUGUACGAAAAAUAGAUGGGUCAGGAUCAGACGGCAGUGGUCAAAGCCCCUUUGAGGAGUCCAUCAUGUAUUUUCUAACCAAUGUAAACCUUGUGGUGCCGGUGGUUUCGGCCAUCGCCGUGAUUGUCAUUGCCAUUGCCGUGAUCUGCGUGCUUCGUAGCGGACGGCGAGAAUUCCCCAAAGAGGAGUACGCUCAAUACUACGGACAAAUGAAUACAAACGGCCGGAUGAUGACCAUGAAACAUGACGGUUUGCCCUAUGAAGAAAUGGGAUACUGUCCUCCACCCAACCGAAAAUUGCCCCCCGUACCCGGUCAACACUCGAACUACAACACAAUUGAUCGUAUUAAGAAUGGUCACAAGAAUAAAGCUUCCGCUUAUGCCACCUACGAUCGACGAGCAUCCAAGAACGGAAGUCAAUUGCCCGGAGAAGGGCCCCAAUACGACGAGAUCCCUUAUGGCGAUGUGGGGCCAAAUUUCAGCGGUAAAGGAAAAUUGCCCCAAGUCCCUGAUGAUUACUCACAAGUGCCCCAAAUCCCAGCCAGACAAGUGGGUGGAUCGAUUGCUAAUGGGGAAGAAGAUAUCAGUCCCUAUGCCACUUUCCAUCUUUUGGGCAUGCGCGAGGAGAACAAGGGCAAUCCCAAUCCCAACGCCGCUGGUGUUACUGCUGCCAACUUCCAAACACUUCCCCCGGGAGCAGGAAUGGGGCCAAAUGGACCGAAUACACCUUCCAGGCACAUUUCCCAGACCAUGAAUCCUCGUCGAAGCUUGGCCAACCCUCCCCCUGGUGUUCCAAUGCAGACAGCCGUGUAUGAUUCUGUCAAUUGCGAUUACGAACCCGGAUCCAUGCUCUACCAAGGCCAACCUCAGAACUUUGGCAAUCCUUAUGAUUGUCCUGAGGGCAUGUACGGUGGCUCCAUGGUGUCAAGCGUUGGAUAUUCCAAGGUUUCUGAUCAUAUGGGCGGACCUGCGGCGCAUUUCAAUCCCAACGGAAACAUGCCUGCUCGUGGAGGUAUGAUGCCUCCCCAGCCGCAUUUCCCCCAACAACAAUUGCCACAACCUCCACACCAUGCGGCAGGUCACAACCAAAUCAACCAAGCAAUGCAACAAAGCUAUCCUGGUGACACCGGCACUGUUAUUUUCAAAGGAGGCCCUAACAAUGGGGCGGCUCGUGGCCCAUUGCCAAACCACCCCGAUGAAGAGCAUUUCCCCCCUCCACCUCCUAUGAGAGGUGGAGCGGCGGGUGGGAGCGUGGAUACCUCCUUGAACGACUCCAAUAGUACUACUCAAAGCAACUUGACCUCGGAAUGCUCCGAGGCCGAAUGCGACCGGGAGCCGUUAGUCAAAGGCAACCAAGCUGGCAACAGAGCUUCCGUAGCUUCCGAGAAGGAAUUGUCGAAUGACGAGAUGCGCCGCCUUUUGGAGCGCAAUGAAGUGGUCAACACAAAUGGUGGUGGCAACAUCAAUCCCAGCAAUCCGUACGAUUCAGUGAAUGUCUAAAGGUUUUGUUUGUACCAUCAAACUUUUGGCAUAGCAUCAUCGAUUGUCAAUUCUAAAGAGCAAAAUCACCCCCAACCGACCCCAUAGCUCGCAUUAUCGCCCCCCAGAGCUGCACUUUAUUGAUUCUCUUUUCUUAAUAUUGCCAUUAGUUUGUCAAAUCUUUUCCGAUUUUCAAUACUUGCUACUAUUAUUACAUCUACUAGUGCUUUAUCAAAGCCAGGAUAUUCUUUAUGUGCGCUAUGAAUGUUUUAGGAUCAAAAACGCUCCUUGCUUUAGUAUGUAUGUCCACCGCUUAUCACAUUAACUGUUCAUGUGCCAUAGUGCUUUGCUUGCAUAAAAAUCGAAUGUUUCCUUGAACCCAAUCGGCAAUUACAUUUUACAUAAACGUAGAGCCUCAAACUAAUCUUUCAUAACUUAUCAACCGCUUACACAAUGACCACUGCGCUCAUCUUUGUCAAGACCCAAGAUCGCCCUAAAUUUGAACUUGUGCGUCAACCGAAACUUCGAGAUUCCCCACUGUAUAUAUGAAAAAACACUUUACCCUAAGCCUUGAAACCAAUAUUUAAAUGCCAUUCUUUAGAAUGAUCCGACCCCGCAUGAACUGAAUGCCUCUCGAGGAGCAAUCAAAUUCCGAAAAAGCUUGAAGCAAAAUUUAAAUUCGCUCAAUUCCCCAGUGGAUGCACCAAACCCCAAGCAAACGUCGCUUUUGGACCUUGUAAAUAAGCAAAUCCCACAUCCUGCGGCGAUUCGGAUGUUGGGGUCUACUAGUCACAACGUUGUUUGUCAAGCUAUUGAAAUGAAUCUCCCAUUUCCUGUUCAAGCCGUGUACCCCUAAAAUGAAAAGGUUUGAUUUUAUUUGGAAAGUUUGUCUUAUAUACCAAUUGGCUACGACUAUUCAAUACUUUCAGCCCUCGAGAUUACUGCCCAGAUUGUAUUUGUUAUUAUUGGCAUAUUUCCGUCUCUAUAUUGUUUGUCUAUUCCAAUAGAUGGUUUCAGUCCUUUCUGUUCCCCAACAUAGAAAUCAAAUCGCUAUGUUCCUCCUAAAUUCCAGUUUCAAAACCUUAAAAAAAGACCAUCAGAAAUUAUCCGUUUGCCCUUCAAUUGGUUGCAAGUCCAUUUACUGAAUUAUUGAUUUUUCUUUGUGCUUUCUUUUGAGGAGCAUUUUUUGUACUAUGGCUUGUCAAUUUGUCAAUAAACGUAUUGAGGCUCUUUUCAUA